AUGGAGGAUCUCAAAUGCAAAACCCGUUACUGCCAUUCGGUUAUCUCGCAAGAUUUCGCCUUAGAGAAAAGUCUUGAUGCUGUAGUUGGCAGCUACCUCAAUGGUGUUCUUAAAAUCACUGUAGGCUUGUGCCCGAAGGUCCUGGGAAAUUCGCUCGCCGACCUCUUCAUGACCGUCCCGAGCUGCAACGUAUAA